AUGUCGCAAAAAACAGCGUCAUCCUUGUGCAAUGCACUCAGUAAACAUAAAAAUGAUGGACUCAAAAACGGCCGCACAACCGUUUUAAAGAAAGAUUAUGUUGGGGGUAAAGUGGAGGGAACAAUGGCUCGAGGCAAUCAGGGUCAAGACAAACGGGGAGAUCUUUUUGACGAAACAUUGGCUUCACGCGGUUUGCUCUCCGACACGCCACUAACAACAGUCACUUCUGUAACUGCAUUCUCCAUGCAAGGUGGCGCUUUCCAAAGAGUCUCAAGAAAACAUCCAACAAGGACACUUUCAACCUGCAAUUUCAGACAAAUAAAGGAUAAGGAAAUGCGUCCAUUACAUCCAUAUAAUCAAGUUGCAAUUUGUGCAAAUUUUUAA